GUCACUUUCGUCGAUUCGCCCGUAAGAGGCCUUUCAGCCAGUGUGUGAGCAUGUCUGACGACGAUUCUCCCCGCCAGUCCAAGUCCAAGAGCAAACCUCGCGAACAGACUGACAAAUCAGGACGAAAGGUGCGACAGACACGACAGACAGAGACCGGCCUGACUGCCUGCGUGUGCGUGUGUGUAUCUGUGCGUCUGUGUGUGUGUGUGUGACAGGUAUGGGACAAGGAGUAUUAUGCGAAGCGUGCCAAGGAGCGUGCCGAGGAUGAGGAGAUUCUCGCCCUGGUGCCCGAGAGCAAAAAGAAGAAGGUCGCGCCGCCGCCGCAGGAGAGGCAGCCGCUCAAGGAACGACACGACUUCAUCGAUCUUGAGGAACGGUCAGUCAGGAUCCACACACAACACACACAGCACAGCAUCUGUUGGUUCCCCCCCUCUCCCUAUCUGUCAGUGUGGGCAAGACGCAGGUGGUCACGCAGUUCACGCCCAAGCAGCAGCAGGGCGGCUACUGGUGCUCAGUGUGUGAGUGCCUCAUCAAGGACAGCCAAGGUCAGUCAACCGCUCACCCACCCACUCGCCCACCCGCACGCUCACACACACACACACAGACACACACACACAGACGGGCCCCUCUCACCUCCCCUGUGUGUGUGUGUGUGUCCCUCUUCUCUGUGUGUGUGAAUCGGUUGUCCAGCAUACCUCGACCACGUCAACGGCAAGCGCCACAACCGCAUGCUGGGCAUGACCAUGAGAGUCGAACGUGUAGACGUCAACAGGGUACCCGACCACUCCACCACUCCACCACCCCACAAGACAGGCAGAGACGAGACGAGACCUCACACACACACACGCAUUCAUGUGUCUCCCUUGUCUGGUCUGUCUGCAGGUGAAGGAUCGUCUGGCGUCGCUCAAGAGGUCCGGCGAGGCGGACACCUCGGCGGCUCCCGUGCAGGUGGACGACAUCCAGCAGCGGCUCAGGCAGCUGCAGGAGCAGGAGGAGGAGAAGAAGCGACGCAAGAGGGAGAGGAGAAGCAAGAAGCACAAGACCGAGGCCGCUGAUGACAUCGGCGACGGCGUCAAGGAGGAGCCAAGAGCCAUCAAGGACGAGCCUCAGGAGGCUGCUGCGGGGGUAGAGAGGGAGGGGCAGGGGGGGGUGCGGGUCAAGACAGAGCCGGAGGAAGACGAAAAGGGCGGGAGUGCUGCUGGUGCUGCUGCUGACGGUGGUGGUGGUGGUGGUGACGCAGAGGAAGAUCUGAUGAAGCUGAUGGGGCUGCCUGUAGGGUUUACGGCCGGCGUGUGACUUACGGCCUGGCUGCAUGUGUGUGUGAGACCAACAUGACGUUCAGCAUCAUGUCGAUUCAUG